AUGGCUGUUGAGAACUGCACUGGCUUUACUGACUUCAUCCUCCUAGGACUUUCUGGCAGACGGGAUGUGCAGCAGGGGCUCUUUGUGCUCUUUCUGCUGGUUUACGGCAUCACUGUGAUCGCCAACCUAGGGAUGGUCCUGCUGAUCCACAUGGACCCCAGACUCCACACGCCUAUGUAUUAUUUCCUGAGCAAUCUGUCUUUCUGUGAUGUCUGCUACUCCUCCACUGUCUCUCCCAAAAUGCUGGCUGAUUUCUUAUCUGAGCAAAAGAGGAUUCCAUAUAACUAAUGUGCAAUCCAGAUGUUUCUUUUUAGUGCCUUUGGAGAUGUGGAGUGUCUCAUGUUGUCUGUCAUGGCCUAUGACCGUUACGUAGCCAUUUGCAAUCCCCUUCUUUAUACAGUUACCAUGACCAGGAGAGUGUGUGCCCAGCUACUGGCCGUUGUAUACAUUGAAGGUUUGGUGGAUUCAGCAAUCCACACCUAUUGCACAUUUCAAUUGUCAUUCUGCAACUCUAAUAUCAUCAAUCACUUUUUUUGCGAAAUCCCAUCCUUACUAUCCCUCUCCUCCUCUGAUACAUCCAUUAAUGAGAAAAUUUUGUUCGUCUCUACUAGCUGUAUUCUGGGGUUCAGUGUUAUCACUAUCUGCCUUUCGUACAGCUACAUCAUAACCACCAUCCUUAGAAUAACCUCAAAUGAGGGGAGAAGCAAAGCCUUCUCUACCUGUGUCUCCCACUUAACUGCUGUGGCUAUAUUUUAUGGAACACUCUUGUUCAUGUAUUUUCGACCCAGCUCAAGUUACUCUAUGGACACAGACAAAGUGGCCUCUGUUUUUUAUACAGUUGUCAUCCCCAUGUUAAACCCACUGAUCUACAGCUUAAGGAAUAAGGAUGUGAAAUGUGCCUUCAAAAAAACAAUAGGCACUAAAUUAUGUUCUGGCUGA